ACACAGAUACACACAAAACUAAUUAUUUUAACUCACUUCACCACUUACGGCUGAUUUUUCAGGCGAAACUUGGCCUCCGGCGAGCACGUGAAUUGCACGCGCCCAGUGUAAGGGUUUGCUCUCAUCUCAAAUUGCACUUUUUUCAAUCGGUAUGAAUUUUAAUCUAUGAGUUCAUCUCUGAAAUCAGCUACCCAUCGUUUGCCCCAAUUUUCCGUCGCCAUUUUCACUGCCCCAAUUCGUCGCUCAAACCCUAGAAAUUGUUCAACCUCGUCAUCUGCUCUUCAAACCCUAAUCAGCAGCAGCAUCGAAAAACCUGUGCGGCACAACCCAUUUUACGAAUUUCUCCCCGAAACCCAGAAUCCGAACAACGUUGUCACGCUCGUCUGCUCAUCUCUCAAGCAAAAAGACCGCGUCUUUUGGGACUAUCUCCAAGAGCAAGGGCUAUUUCGUCAUUUUACCAGCCAUGAAUUGUCGAGGAUACUGCUCAGAUGCCAGUCCGAUUCAUCCGCAACUCUCAGUUUCUUUAAUUGGGCCAGGAAUGACUUGAAUAUCGAACCGGAUGCGCGCAGUUUGUGCGUUAUGGUUCACAUUUUGGUGUGGUCCAAAAAUUACAAGCAAGCAAUGAAAAUCCUGUUAGAAUUGGUGCAGCUGAAUGAAAAUGGAAAUGGAAAUGGUUCGGAAAUGGUGAAUGUGUACGACAGCCUGCAAAUGUGCACAAAUGAAUGUAAUUGGGACCCUGUUGUGUUUGAUAUGCUCAUCAAGGCUUAUCUCCGAAAGGGAAUGGUUAAAGAGAGUUUUCGAGCUUUUGAAGAAACGGUGAAGCUUGGAUUCCUACCGAGUAUUUUUACUGUUAACUGUCUUCUGAAUGGGCUGUCGAAGAUGGAUUAUGUAGAAAAAUGUUGGGAGAUUUACGAAGAGAUGCGGCGGAUCGAGUUGCAUCCAAACACGUGCACGUUUAACAUAUUGACUCACAUCUCGUGUAAAGAACUGGAUGUGGAUAAAGUGAAUGAGUUCUUGGAGAGAAUGGAGGAAGAAGGAUUUGAGCCGGAUAUCGUAACUUAUAACAUGCUUAUCGAUAGUUACUGCAAGAAAUCGAAGUUGAAGGAUGCGGUUUAUUUGUAUAAUAUCAUGUGUAAGAGGGGUGUGGUUCCCGAUCUGUUAACACACACGUCUUUGAUUAACGGUCUCUGUAAGAGUGGUAGUAUGAGGGAGGCUCACCGGUUCUUCCAUGUGAUGGUCCACAGAGGAUUAAAACCCGACGCUGUUUCUUACAAUACUCUAAUACACGGAUAUUGCAAAGAGGGGAUGAUGAAAGAGGCAAAAUACGUCUUGUUCGACAUGAUCGGUAAUGGGGUUUUCCCCGAUGAUUUCACUUGUUGGCAGCUUUUAAAAGGAUAUCAAAAACUGAAUAGGAUGAUAUCUGUAAUGAAUCUGGUUCUGGAACUCACACGCUUCGGUGUUAUGAUUUCCCGAGAUAUAUAUUGCUACUUGAUACUUGCUUUGUGCAAGGAUAAUAGGCCAUUUGCAGCAAAGUCCCUUUUGGAUCAGAUGUCGCAAAAUGGUUAUUUGCCGAGUGAUGAAGUGUGUAAUGAGUUGAUCGAUUCUCUUUGUCGAGGCAAAUUUUUGAAGGACGCGUUGGAAUUGAAACUUGAUAUGGUAUCGAAGGAUUUGAAGCCUAAUUUGAGUGCGUAUCGAGCCAUUAUUGGAGGUUUGUGUGGAUUAAGCAGAAGCAUGGAGGCUUUGUUAUUAAUGAAAGAGAUGGUUAAAUCUGGUUUGCCUCUCGAGAUUGAUGUUUGUAGAGCAUUGAUGAAUGGGCUUUGCAACGAGAGGAAUAUUGUUGCGGCCGAAUCACUUUUGAGUUUAUACGCGAAAGAAUUUCAAAUAUUUGAUGCAGAAUGUUAUAAUGCAGCUGUUAGGGUACUCUCUGAGGAAGGCGACCCCUCUCGGUUGAUGGAAUUCCAAAAAAAGAUGGCGAGAUUAGGGUUUGCACCGAAUAGCCUUACAUGCAAAUAUGUAAUUGACGGAAUGUGGAAAGCUGUGGGAAUGCAGAGACGCGGGCUACUGGCAGAAUGAUCUCAUUUCCAGCAUGCCGUCUGCCCCUUUGUUAUAGUUUCUUCAUUUGGUUUGAAGCAAACUCCUGAAACUGGGUUUAUCAGCAUAUGUUGUC